CUCCAGUCGAAUAUCGGUGUCGUCGCCAUGCUUGCCAGCCCUGGAGCUUCACCUUGUUCGCGCAAUGCCAGAUUCCCUUUCUGAUAUUCACAAUUUCCCAGCUUCACCAUCUCAUCACAGACUGCCUACGAUCUCCGGCGUCGAAGCGCUCCAAGCUGUCACUGUAAAAGCGAGAGCAAUUCCCACAAAACUCGAUACCCUUGACUCAUACCUACUCCCCUCCAAUGGACUCCCCCGAGCCUCCUCUGGGAUACAGAGGGGACAUGUGACUGAGAUAUAUGGGCCGCCAGGAGUUGGCAAGACGACCUUAGGGCUUCAGCUAGCUUGCAACGUACUUCGUUCGUCACCUGAUCGAGCCGAGGUCCUCUGGAUCAACGGCGGGUCACCCUUGGUAGAAGAUCGACUGGUUUCCAUCUUCAAUCAAUCCCGUCAGCCGUCUGAUCACUCUGCAGCCUCAUCUCCGCAACAACCCGACCCAAAUAUCGACCUCGUACUCGAACACCUGACCUAUCUCGAGGUAAACACACUUCCCCGUUUGCUCACCAUCUUUGCCCACCCUACCGCCGAAUUCCCCUCUCCGAGAACUGCUCUGAUUGUCGUCGAUGAUGUAUCCAAUAUUGUCUCAGGGUCGUUGAUCCAAAACUCAAAACCCUCCGCCAAUGGACCUGAGCCACCACCGGUCGUGAAAGAGAAGCUGAUACGAAAUGCCGCCUCAAGGCGUUUUCGCAUCAUUGAAACCCUUGCGAGCGCCAUGGCAAAACUAGCUGCUCUGAGAAACCUCGCGCUCGUAGUCCUCACAAAUGCCACAACAAAUCUCAGAAAUGGUCAAAGAGCAAGUCUUCGGCCCGCACUUGCCAGCCAGGCGUGGGAUUCCGGCAUCCAUGCCCGAAUUAUGUUGUACUACGACUUUCCCCCGCCCUCUCAGGAGUCAUUACCUGAAUCCGUGUGGAGCAUUCAUGGAUUAACACUAAUGCGAUACGCCGAGGUUCAAAGGCUUUCAGGCAAAGAUGUCUUCCUACCAGCAGUACCUUUCCUGAUCGAAGAGAGGGGCCUGGAGCAGCUUACAAUGCCCGACAUGACGUCCUUCACCGAAGACCGUGAUUCGAAUCUCAAAUAUGAAGACAACACAGAUGCUUCGACGCCUUUGACAAAUCUCUCGAACUCGGGCCUCCUUCUCCUCGAGCGGGACCAGCCUGCCUAUUUGCCGUUAGAGAUCGAGCCUUCGCAACAGCUGGACAAGCGCAAAUUCGACGAGUUGACCGACAGCGACGAUAUCAGCCAUAUCAGCAACGGACAUGAGAGUGAGAUUGACGGCGACCGUGUCAUCCACACGGAGAAUUCAUGGCUAGUGGACCAAGGUCAAACUUCUGAUCCCCGGGAUGACAGCCAUGCUGCUUGGCAGCUUCCCGCUCUACAGAAUCAUCCUAGACAAGAAGGAAGAAUUCAACUCGAUCUUUCAUCCGUCGCAAUCCCAAUAGCUGCUCAAGCUCAUCAACCCCUUGGUUUUGCUCCCCCUUCCCUCUCGUCAGAUCAGCAAAUGGGCCUGGAACGUGGGACUGACAAUGGUGACCUUCACAACGAAAUGAUACUCGAUCUUCAUGAAACGGCUAUUCUACGCAGAUACCGCCAUGCUGUCAUUAGGGGCUCCGAAGAUGCAGCCCCUGUAAUAUCAUCGCCAUCAGCCUCGGAAACCUCCUCGUCGCCUGCCCCUCGCCGCGAAGCCGAAGUGCCAGACAGUCAAGACGAAGAUUCGGAUUAAUCGACUUGCCAACUCCCUGCUCCAGAUGUGAAAGGACAACAUGUACCAAAACUUGCCAUUGCACAAGACCGAAGAGUUGCGGCUAGGUACUAUUUUACACAGGAUUUUCGAGCGUCAUCAGCCUGUAGUCGACCGCGCCACGAAAAGCCAGAGUGGGGAUCACAUCACUAUCCUACCAUAAUCUAUCUUCCACCUCACAUAAAUGCCGCUUGGCUUCUUGUAACGCCGUCAUGCACCUUAUAUGCACAUGGACCCGGCGGAGACUGUAGCGUUUUCCAGAUAGUGGAAACCUCGUUCCAACACACUUUUCCGAAUGCCAAUACUAUCCAGGGUCUGGUGUCCAGUGCCUUGAAAUGCCGCACACCACACAUCCCCAGACGCCAAGGCAUUACUCCUUGUUCUCACGGCGUUGGAAUAUCCAGACGGAGUGAAGAGGGGCACGAGUUGAAUGAAAAAAGCG